GUUUGAAGAUGGCACCAUCCCUUUCCUUGACGUGAUAGCGUUGAAACAUGGAUUUGAUACCCUAGAGCAUCUCACAGGUGGCAUGGAGAACGUAAGGCAGCACACCUUCACAUUGGCACAGUACACCUAUGCUGCCCUGUCCUCUCUCCGCUACCCCAACGGAGCCCCCGUAGUUCGGAUUUACAGUGAUUCUGAGUUCAGCAGCCCUGACGUUCAGGGUCCAAUCAUCAACUUGAAUGUGCUGGAGGCCAGUGGGAAUGUCAUCGGUUACUCCCAGGUGGACAAAAUGGCCAGCCUGUACAACAUACAUCUGCGAACUGGCUGCUUCUGUAACACAGGUGCCUGUCAGAGGCACCUGGGGAUAAGUGACGAGAUGGUCAAGAAACAUUUUCAGGUUGGUCAUGUCUGUGGAGACAGUAUUGACAUCAUAGAUGGGCACACUACGGGCUCUGUGAGGAUUUCUUUUGGAUUCAUGUCUACACUUGAGGAUGCCCAGGCCUUUCUUAGGUUCAUCAUUGUCACCUUCCUUCACUCACCAGGUGGCCAGUCUGUUCCUCAGGAAGGCUUCCACACAGACCCCAAGGUUUGGAACAACUCGCACCUGGCUACAAAUACUGUGGAUUUGCACCCACCUCUGAGUGAGGCCUCCAGCACUCAGCUGUCCCCUCCAGAGAAAGCUGCAGGUGUCUUGCCUGAGGACCUUGGACCAUAUGUUGUUACCAAACUUUACCUCUACCCCAUCAAAUCCUGUGCUGCAUUUGAGGUGACCAAGUGGCCUGUAGGAAACCGAGGCCUGCUGUAUGAUCGCAGCUGGAUGGUUGUGAAUCACAAUGGCAUUUGCCUGAAUCAGAAGCAGGAGCCCCGGCUCUGCCUGAUCCAGCCCUUCAUUGACCUGCAGCAAAGGAUCAUGGUCAUCAAAGCCAAAGGGAUGGAGCCCAUAGAGCUGCCUCUUGAGGAAGAUGGUGAACGGGCUCAAAUUUGCCAGAGCAAGGUCUGUGCAGACAGGGUAAAUACUUAUGAUUGUGGAGAAAAAAUUUCAAACUGGUUGUCAGCGUUUUUUGGCCGUCCAUGUCAUUUAAUCAAACAAAGUUCAAACUUCCAACGAAAUGCAAAGAAGAAACAUGGAAAAG